CCUGGGGAAAGAUUGAAGACUCAAAGAGAGUUCAGCCCGUGGCCACACUGGAGAGCUUUAUUCUCUUCGUCGCGUCCAUCGGCCACACUUACUGUUCUCAAACGAGCAAGAUAUCUAAAUACAGACCUGUGUUCUCGCUGUGAAAAUGCGGUGUCCCCGCAAACCCGCCAGCCGUGCCUCCUGUCCCGAAAUUCGGCGUCGGUACGGGCUUUCGCUAACGUGAACUGAAGUAAGCAAGGCAGGUGACGGCAGGAACAUGUCUCGGGAGCUGCAGGAUGUGGACCUCGCCGAGGUGAAGCCUUUGGUGGAGAAAGGGGAGACCAUCACCGGCCUUCUGCAAGAGUUUGAUGUUCAGGAGCAGGACAUCGAGACUGUGCAUGGCUCCAUUCACGUCACGCUGUGCGGGACCCCCAAGGGAAACCGGCCCGUCAUCCUCACGUACCACGACAUUGGCAUGAACCACAAAACGUGUUACAACCCCCUUUUCAACUCCGAGGACAUGCAGGAGAUCACACAGCACUUUGCUGUGUGCCACGUGGAUGCCCCUGGCCAGCAGGACGGUGCUGCGUCCUUCCCCGUGGGGUACAUGUACCCCUCCAUGGACCAGCUGGCUGAAAUGCUUCCUGGAGUCCUCCACCAGUUUGGGCUGAAAAGCAUUAUCGGCAUGGGGACCGGAGCAGGCGCCUACAUCCUCACGCGAUUCGCGUUGAACAACCCGGAGAUGGUGGAGGGCCUCGUCCUCAUCAACGUGAACCCUUGUGCCGAAGGCUGGAUGGACUGGGCCGCGUCCAAGAUCUCCGGAUGGACCCAAGCCCUCCCAGACAUGGUGGUGUCCCACCUCUUCGGGAAGGAGGAAAUGCAGAAUAACGUGGAAGUCGUCCACACCUACCGCCAGCACAUCGUGAAAGACAUGAACCCCGGCAACCUGCACCUGUUCAUCAAUGCCUACAACAGCCGGCGAGACCUGGAGAUUGAGCGGCCCAUGCCUGGAGCCCACACAGUCACCCUGCAGUGUCCUGCUUUGUUGGUGGUUGGGGACAGUUCUCCUGCUGUGGACGCCGUGGUGGAGUGCAACUCGAAAUUGGAUCCAACAAAGACGACUCUCCUCAAGAUGGCGGAUUGCGGUGGCCUCCCGCAGAUCUCCCAGCCGGCCAAGCUUGCGGAGGCCUUCAAGUACUUCGUGCAGGGCAUGGGAUACAUGCCCUCGGCCAGCAUGACCCGCCUGAUGCGCUCCCGCACGGCCUCCGGCUCCAGCGUCACGUCCCUGGAGGGCGCCCGCAGCCGCUCCCACACCAGCGAGGGCACCCGCAGCCGCUCCCACACCAGCGAGGGUGCUCGCCUGGACAUCACCCCCAACUCCGGGGCCACCGGCAACAACGCCGGGCCCAAGUCCAUGGAGGUGUCCUGCUAGGCGGCCUGCGCCGUGGCCGUCCCCGGACUCUGGGCUCACGCAACCGCCCUUCCUCCAGCCCUUCCCGCCCUGCCUGCCACACCACACGUAACUCGUAUUAACCCAAAGCUUACGGUGUAAGACAGCUCUGGGGGGACAAAGUUAGACCGGGUUUGUCGAGGGCACCUCUCCCAUCAGGGCAGGGCGGGCAGACCAAAGGAAAAGAAGCAUCUCCGUGUCCUGUGCUCAUUGGCGGGUGGCCUGGCGGCCACCCUCUUACCCUCCCUCAGAGACGCCAAACUGCCAAAAACAAGACGCGCCGCCCUAGACGCUUCCUAAAGCCAGGCCUAGGCUGGUUCUAACGGGCAUUUUGUCGGAAGCCCAGCCCCUCUACUUCCUGUUUCCUCUCCAACUAAAGAACGACUGACCCAGUUUCUGGAAACAAAACCCCGUUCUGAUUUGGGUAGGGGGAGAGCCGCGGAUGGCGGGGAGCUCUUUUAACUCGGCAAAACAGGAAGCGGGAAAAAGGUGGACUUUCUGUGGAGGCUAGAACGCUUGGAAAAACAAAUCUACUCAGUGAAACGUGAAGAAGUAGGUUUUUCAAGUUCGCGUAUAUAUCCACUUUUUAAUGCCGAAACACACAAGCCUGCUUCUCUGUCAUCCUUUCAACGGGUGGUGAAAGCGGGCGACAAAAUCUCCGGGCUUUCCCGGAGAAACGGUCUUGGCAAACAUUGGCGUCAUCAAUUCAAGUCUUUGGCUCAGCUGUCUUGCCUCCUCCACAGCCCCAGCUUCCUACCCCGAGUUCAUGAGUGAGGGAUCGUGUUGUUUGUGGGGAAGAUCAUUUAGGUUUGCACUUGCUUUCUUUGAAACGGAGGGAAACAUUCCAAACAGCUGUACCUGGACGUGAGGAGUCUCCACGCGGGGGGGAGUGGGGGGGUGGGGGGAGCAGGGGCAGGGGAGUGGGGGUGGGGGGCUGUUUGGGUUAUUAGAUAUAAGGGAUUUCUGUGGUUGUGAUGGGAUCCAGAACAGUUGUGAUUGCAGUCGAUCCCGCCCUGGUUCCCGGGAAUCUUGUGUGACUGAGUCAAAUCCGGUUUCCAAUCUUUGACAACCGGGGUUGAGUCUGAACUUGACGGCUGAGUGUUUCUGACCUGGUAACAUCACUGGAUCUGCGGGUAGAACUGUUCUGCUCUUGUAGGGGGUGGGGAUUCACACAGGGAGUGGUGGCUGAGAAGAUGUAAGGAUUCUGGAAAGUUCCAUGGGAUUUCCUUCCCUCUCCUGCCGUCCCCUCUUCCCUGCCCCUCUAACCUUUCGCUGAAUGGGGCGGCACCACUGACAUUUCUGGGCAACGUGAGCAUAGCUGUCAAAUUCUAUACUACUGCCUUUUGAUUUCAUUUGGCUAACCAUUUCUUAUAGGAAGUUUGAUCAGAGUGGAUGGAUCGUUGCGAAUCAGCCGCUGGGGCCUGGUGCUUUCUGGGACCCUAGAGUUGGUAGAAGGAAGUAUUCAAGGCUUCUAGGUUGCUUGAGGGGCAGUGACUCAGUUUACUGCACCUGCCACCUGGGGGGCUUCCCCUGACCUGUGCAGAAAGGUCAGGGGUCAGGGCAGGAGUGGCUGAAUCCAGACAGGAGAAAAUGUUGUGUACAAGGCUUUCCAGAGGAGUUUCUUAAUGAGAUAUUUGUAUUUAUUUCCAGACCAAUAAAUUUGUAACUUUGCAGUG